GGCUUCUUCUGCUUGUAUCCAGAGCCUGUAGAUUCCAAAGAUGAACCCCACGGAUGCAGCAGACACCACACAGGAUGAAAACGCAUACAAUAGUUACUAUCUCUACGAAAGCAUGCCCAAGCCUUGCACCAAGGAAGGCAUCAAGGCAUUUGGGGAGCUCUUCCUGCCUCCUCUUUAUUCCCUGGUCUUUCUCUUGGGUCUGUUUGGGAAUUCCGUUGUGGUUCUGGUGCUCUUCAAAUACAAGAGGCUCAAGUCCAUGACCGACGUGUACCUGCUGAACCUUGCCAUCUCCGAUCUGCUCUUUGUACUUUCUCUCCCGUUCUGGGCCUACUACGCUGCCGACCAGUGGGUCUUUGGACUAGGUCUGUGCAAGAUCGUGUCAUGGAUGUACUUGGUGGGCUUUUACAGUGGAAUCUUCUUCAUCAUGCUCAUGAGCAUAGAUAGAUACCUGGCCAUCGUGCACGCCGUGUUUUCCUUGAAAGCAAGGACUCUGACCUAUGGGGUCAUCACCAGCUUGGUCACGUGGUCAGUGGCUGUGCUGGCCUCCCUCCCCGGCCUCCUGUUCAGCACUUGCUACACCGAGCACAACCACACGUACUGCAAAACCAAGUACUCGGUCAACUCGACGACAUGGAAAGUCCUCAGCUCCCUGGAGAUCAAUGUCCUGGGGCUGCUCAUCCCCCUGGGGAUCAUGCUGUUUUGUUACUCCAUGAUCAUCAGGACCCUGCAACACUGUAAGAAUGAGAAGAAGAACAGGGCAGUCAGGAUGAUCUUCGCCGUGGUGGUCCUCUUCCUGGGCUUCUGGACGCCCUACAACGUGGUGCUUUUCCUGGAGACCCUGGUGGAGCUCGAAGUCCUCCAGGACUGCACCUUGGAGAGGUACCUAGACUACGCCAUCCAGGCCACGGAAACCCUGGCCUUUAUUCACUGCUGCCUCAACCCGGUCAUUUACUUCUUCCUCGGGGAGAAGUUCCGAAAGUACAUUGCCCAACUCUUCAGAACGUGCCGGGGCCCUCUUGUGCUCUGCCAAUACUGCGACUUCCUUCAGAUCUACUCAGCCGACACCCCCAGCUCCUCUUACACGCAAUCCACUGUGGAUCAUGACCUCCGAGACGCUUUGUAACACAUGAACAGGAGUACCGUGGCCUUGGCAAGCUCUGAACACCCAGCACUUGCUCCAUCUUGUUUUCAGGAAGGCUGCUCUGAGCAGCCCUGAGGAAAACAAACAAAAGUCAUGGAGAGACAGCUUCUCACCCUGCAGCUCGCUCUUUCUCCUUCUGAAGACAAGUGCAGUCUGAAAUGUGUUCAGCUGGACUGUGUUCGUCUCUCUCUCUCUCUCUCUCUCUCUCUCACACACACACACACACACACACACACACACACACACACCAGGUCCGUCUACAGGGAGGGAGGAACCUGGGGAGGCCUGUGAACAGAGUGUGGCCUUCUAGAUUGCACUGAAGACAUCUCCCCUCUCCCCAGUGUCCCCAGAGAGACUCAGAGCCCUGACGGGUGGAGGAAAUCACUCCUUUGCCAUGGGAACGAGCCUUUGGGUGAAUGUUUGGACUUUGGAACUAUCCAGUGUUAUUCUAUGAACCCAGAUGUACAGAGAAAUGAGGAUCUUAGAUCUCAAUUCUUUUAUUAUAGAGGUUGUUCAAUGAAGCCUGGCUGCAGGUAAUAGAUGAGGAGGCGUUCAGACAAUCCUGUCUUCACUUGAAACAGGCAUUUAGAAGACACCUGUUGAAAUCCACACGCAGCUUGGCUUGCUAAUAUAUGUUUUAAUUAUAACAGGUGGUUAUUCAAAUUGGAGAACUGGAUUGGGGCAGAGGAGGGUGAAAGGCCCUUGUAAUCCUAGUUACUCAGGGGCUGAGACCAAGGAAUCUUAGAUUCAGGGAUUACCUAGAUAAUGCCAAAACCAAAACCAUCAAACUCCCAAAGUUUGUCUCUGAAAGGCUCUUGUAAAUACCCUUAGUUCAUUUUUUUUUCUAAAUGUGGGCAGUUUCUGGACAUGGUGGCAAGAUCUUUAAUCCAUCACUUGGGAGGCAGAGGCAGGAGGAUCCUUGAGUUGGAGGCCAGCCUGGUCUAUGAAUCUAGUUCCAGGACAGUCAGAGCUACACAGAAAAACCCUGUCUUGAAAAAAACAAAAACAAAACAAAAUUCCAGGUGGUAAUAGUGUACACCUUUAAUUCUAGCACUUGGGAGACAGAGGCAGGUGGAUCUCUGUGAAUUUGAGGCCAGCCUGGUCUACAUAGUGGGUUCUAGGCCAGCCAAGGUAACAUACUGAGACUUUGUGGAAGGAAGGAAGGACAAUAAAGUAUGACAAUAUCUCUUUAAUAAUUUUAAAGUGUGUCAUGCCAUCUAUUGAGGUAAGGAUAAUCAGUUAAAAGUCAUUACUGAUAGGUGUUAAAAUAGCUAUUAAAUUAUGAAGUUGAGCCUGGCUGUGGUGGCACAUGCCUUUAAUCCCAACACUCUGAAGGAGGAUCUCUGAGUUCCAGGACAGCCAGGGUUAGACAUUAUUCUUAUGAUAUUUCAAUAAUUUAUCAUGGUAAGUCACUAAGAUAAUUUGCUGUGUCUAUUUUUACUCAGGCCAUUUAAACUUUUAUAAAUUACUUUACAUGUAUGGGUGUUUGCCUGCAUGUACGUGUGUACACCACAUGUGUGCCUGGAGCCUGCAGAGUCUAGAAGAGGUUUCAGAUCCCCUGGAACUGGAGUUACAGAUGGUUGUGAGCUGUCUUGUAGAUGCUAGGAAUUGAGCCUGGGUUCUCCGGAAGAGCAGCCAGUGCUCUUAACCACUGAGUCAUCUCUCCAGCCCCUUGUUUUGACUUUUUCCUAGUGCUUUUGCUUCAGCCUUUUGUGUGCUGGGAUUGUAGGUGUGAGCCCCACAUCUGGCUCCAUAGCCUUAAUUGCUCAGAAUUAAUAAAAACUCCAAUAAAGUCUGUGAGAGCAGAUUGCUCCUAAAAUUAGAGCCAAGCUAGAGAGACAUUGAGUUAAAAUGCUUCCAUUAAGUUUGUACAUAGCGUUUGCUGUCUUUAUAAAGAAUGCAUUUCUAGAAGUUUGUUUUCUGAAGAGUGGCUUUACGAAGAAAACUUGAUAUUGCCUUUAUAGAAAACAAAAUAAAGUUGGGUAUUUAG